ACGACGAAGGCGCUCGCGACGUCGGCCAUGAAGAAGAUGUCCCGCAAGAACUUCCGCGCGGGCCCGUUGUUCUCCAGCAAGUCGAGCAGCUCGUCCACGCCCAGCCACGGGCCGGGCAGCAGCUCGUCCCCCGCGGGGGGAGGCGGCGGCAUCAUGCGCCGCGCCACGUGGGCCGACAAGAUCAGGGACAAGCUGCCGCCCCUCGGGGAGAACGAGUACGAGGUGCUGUGGGAGCGCGGCGUGCUGGGCGUGAUCUUCCUCGAGUCGGAGAAGGACGGCAUCCCGUACGUGUCCAAGGCCACCGAGUCGUGCAUCUCCCCCGCCGUGAGUCAGGGGGACAUCCUCAAGUACGUCAACGUCGUGCGCUCCAAAGAUCACUCGUUCUCGGACUUCUUCAAGAUCCUGGCCACCAUGAAGAAACCCGUGCUGCUGCGCUUCGAGCGCGUGUCGGCCAGCACGCCGUCCUCGGACGAGGACGAGGCCUCGCAGCUCUUCGGCGUGCAGCGCUCAAGCUCGACCAACGCCGUCAACAGCUCCAGCCACUAUGCGAGGCAGAGCUCGGCCAACGCUGACGAGGGGGACCCCACGGGCAAGCUGUCGAGAGCCAACUCGGUGCCGCAGAAGGACCAGAAACCGCCCAAGGCCAUGAGGGGCGCGUUCUGGCGCGCUACGUCGGCGAAGGACUCGGUCGGCCCCGCCAACCCAGCGGCGCAGUCGAUUGGACCGGGUGGCGUGAGUGGAGGAAGCAGCGACAGGAUGGGCGCGUCCCAAGCUCAGCGACGACAGCCGAGCAACAGGGACCAGGUUUCGCCGCGUGAUGCGGCGGCAGCGAACGGAAGUGGGGGGCAGUCUUCUCAUUCACCGCUCGGACCGCACGAGUACCAAGUGUACUGGGAAACGGGGUCGCUCGGUCUGUUCUUUGGCGAGGACCGCUCGACAAACCUGCCGGUGGUCACGCGGUCGACUCCGAGCGCGAAUCCGGUGGUGCGGCGUGCUGUCGCCAUCAACGACACGCUCGUGUCGGCCAACGACGUCAAGUCGGCAGAUUACACGUUCGAAGCGUUCUUUGGAAGGCUCCAGCAGAUGAACAAGCCCGUGAGGUUGGUGUUCAGGCGGAGGCAGUCGACGGAUCAAGUGGUUAUUGUGAAGCAAGGGGAGCAGCAACAGCAGCAGCAACGACAGCAGCAGCAGUUGCACCAACAACUCCAGCAACGGCAGCAACAAAUGCGGGAGCAGCAGCAAAUAAGGGAGCAGGAGCAAAAGCAACAGCAAAAGCGUGAGCAGCAGGAGCGCGAGCAGCAAAUGCGAGAACAGCAAAAGCGUGAGCAGCAGAUGCGUGAGCAGCAAAUGCGGGAGCAAGAAAAACGUGAGCAGCAAAUACGGGAACAAGAAACGCGUGAGCAGCAAAUGCGUGAGCAGCAGUUGCUGGAGGAGCAACGACGACGCGAGCAAGAGGAAGCAGCAAGAAAUCGGACUCCGUCGGUCACUGUGGAUACGACUCCGUCGCCGCCGGCACCGUUAUCGGAGAGCCGAAUGGCUCAUCGAAAUCGCUCUCCUAGUCCCACCGUUAAGCGAUCAUCUACGCCGCCGCCGCGCCCUCCUUCUCCGCAAGUGCGAUUGGAACCAGAUAAUGUUCAACGUGAGCACCGCCACCUCGAGAGGGGGCGUACGCCGCCGCCAAUUUCCCCCGUCAUGUCGGAUCUUCGUUCAAGCAUGAGGCAAUCACCAGCAGCAGCAGCAGAAAAUGUCCCCAGCACUAAUUACGAGGUUUCGCCGAAAGCCAGUGGAUCUCCACUGGUUCAGAGUUCGCCAAGAGUGGAUAUUUCCCCGACAUUCAAUGCGUCUCCACGGGCGUCGCCGAAUAUUGGCAGUUCUCCGAAGGUUAGCAGUUCACCAUUCGCUUCGCCGAUGUCACCCUUCAUUACUACGGAGAUCGGCAGUGAGUCGAGCAAUCAUGCAUCAUCGCCUGUUGUCGACGUUGAAGACGAUGUUCAUGCUACCGACUCUCCGAUUCAGAUGGAGGAGGAGACUGCCCAAGCAUCAAAGGAGAGCUCUCCAAGUUUUGAGAACGCACAUGGUAACCGGAGUCGCAACGCUAGUGAAGAGCUGCGGCACCUUCAGAAGGCAAGUAUCCCUGUGCACGAGGAGGAACCUGUAUUGUCCCCACUCAGCAAACCGACACAUCUGUCACCUACGGAGCCGUGGGAUCUGCCUGAACAAAUACCGUCGCCAACGAUUAAGGCACAGCCGGUUAUUCUGGUGGACGAAGAUGAAGAUGUUGACAUUGCAGUGCCUGUGCCACCGAGCUCUGACAUCCACUUGGAGACCGCUGCUAUGGCCGAAGAUGCUGAGUUGAUUGACGAAGCUGAAGUGGUCGAGGAUGCUGGGAUUGCGGAAGCAGCUGAAGUGAUUGAAGAUGCUGAGCUCGCCCAAGAAGCCGAUUUGGCUGACGAGGCGGAGCUUGGCGUAGAGGCGAAAAUGGCCGAGGAAGCGGAGCCUGUCCUGCCGUCGCUGCCUGUGGAAAACUCCUCGGACGACAACACUGACCUUGACGACGUGGAGGUCGGUAUGCUUGCAUCAGACGUGGAAGUGGGAGUCGCUGUCGAGGAAUCGGAGGCCGACGUUGUCGAGAGCAGUACUUCUGAGAACGACGACCACAGCUCAAGUCCAUGGGAUCUUGAGCCUGAGCCGGAACGAAAGAAGACGCACCUUCACGUAAGCAGCGCCGCGUCACCGCGCGACGAAGCUACGUCUAGUGCUGGAAGUCCUUCCAUCGAUGCCGCAGCAGAGGUCUCCAAGGUCGACUUCACAGACGCGUCCGACUCCGACUCGUCGGAUGAGUUCUCGAACGACCCUGACAUCUCCAGUGACAUCGACAUCGUGGACGGCGAUAUCAUGAUGCAGGAAGCUCCGAAAGACAAAGUGGACUCAGCAAGCCCUCCAAAACCAAGCAAGUCGUCACUCCACGCCAACUUGGCGAAGUAUAAGAAGAAGGGCAAGACUGCUCGUGGUGUCACGAAGCUGCCAGCGCUCACGGAAGAGGAGGCGCUUACAGUUCCACUCGUUGCACCGAAUGCCGUCAACACGACAGUCCAAGUGCGCGGCCGACCGAAGCCUAAGUUGACGAUGGCCGACACCCCGGACAGUACGACUUAUCUUAUCAAGUGGAAGGAGAACCGGAGCAUUGGAUUGCAGCUCAAGGAGGUGCGCUUUGCCAAGGGCACCUACCCGCUGGUGACGGACGUGUGCCAGGAGCCGUGCUGCGAGCUGCUGCGGCAUAUUUGCGUGGGCGACGUGAUCAUCGAGAUCAACGGCCGCAACACCUCGACGAUGGGCGUGAAGAAGACUGUCAACUUCCUCAAGACGUGUACCAAGACCACGCUGAUGAAGAUUCGCCACGGACCGGCGUUCGUGACCCAGCGCGUGAGCGCGACAGUAUGA